GUGGCGGAGGAGGAGCCUCGUGGCGGAGGAGGAGCCCGGCCAAGUUCUUGCAGAGGCGGCGGCCAAGGGAGAGGCGGCGGCCAAGGAAAGGGUCGAGCGGGAUUCAAUCUCGAUCUAGGUCGAGCCAGGCAAACGGGGCAAAAUAGGAAGCACAGAACUUUUUUUUUGGGUCGACCGACCCAAAAACGUCGACUUACCCUGACUAGUCGAGACUAGUCCUUCGAGUCGAUCGACUCGAGCGCUGAGUCGAGUCGCCAGCCUGAGUCGGACUUCCCAUAGCGACUGGUCGACUAGUCGACGACUAGUCGCGACUAGUCUCUCGACUCGAAAACCAUGGUAGCAUUUCAACUAAAGCGCUUCAAAGUUACCCUUGAUGGUUACAUUGAGAAAAUUGACAAACAUGUGGCAUACCCAUCACAACUUGAUUUGCAGCUAUUCCACACUAACCCAAACAAAGAGGUGAGCUACAUGUGCACCAUUCGAUGUGCACCAUUCUUGGUUUAUCGAUGAAGCAUAUUUUGAUGUUUUUCUUGUAUUUUAACAUGCAUCAGGGCCUAAAAUAUGAUUUGUAUGGCGUUGUUAAGCAUUCUGGCUUGCCUAACUUUGGCCACUACAUGUGCACCAUUCGUUCUUCACCAACUAGUUAGCCCUUGAUGAAUGACUCACUUGUUGAUUCAAUUACUGAGACAAUUGCACUAAACCAAGAAGCAUAUCUACUCUUCUAUAUUAGGCAGGGCAUGUUUCCAUGGUUCUCAAGUUUGUUACAGGAAGCUAAUAGUGGUGUCCCUAGUGCUACCAAGAGGAUGUACCCUGUUAAUGACCAUAAUGUGUUUGCCUUUGAGAACUUGGUGACUGAACAUCAAACGAAUAUGAAGAAGCAAAAGGGUGCAUAUUUGUCUACAUCUUCCGAAAGCUCUUCCCUGGAUCAGAAUGCAUCACGGCUACCGAUGGGCAUGACGUCUGUAAAAAGAAAAUGUGGUCUCAAAAGAUUAGAUUCACCCAAUGUGGUGCUUUGUUGAAACAAAGGCUGCAUCACGGUUAAUAGACCUUGUACUCUUAUUAGAUAGUGGAUUGUGGGCAGAGUGCAAGGACAGUCUGAUCUGCUUAGCUAUUUACACUACCACACUAGGAUGGUGUUACUCCUGUAUAUUUACAAUAGGAACAGUAGCACAAUGAUCUUUGAUUAUGGCUGUACUAUUGCUAUUCAGAUAGCAAAUGAAGUGGCCAAGCUGAGCUCACUGUAAAACAAGGCAAAGCAAAGGGUGUUCUGGUUCCAAACAAAUUUGACACCAGUGCAAAUUUGACAACUACUCCAGUAAUUA